CUGGGGGCGCCCACGGCGGGCGGGGGGAGAGCGGCGGUCCCCGGGGAGACGGCUGCAGAGCGGGGUCUGGGUCGGCGGGCUGACGCGCCCGUGUCCGUGUGUGUGUGCGCGCCCAGGGACACAUGGAGAGCUGUUGGGCGGCGGCGGUGCUGAACGGGGUGGACCGGCGUGCCCUGCAGCGCUCGGCCCGGCUGGGGCGAGAAGUGCUGGAGCGGGCCAGGAGGAGGGCAGUGAACUGGCAUGCGCAGGAGCACCCCCGAGGCAGCGUGGGGGUCCUGUACCGGGAAGGGCCCUGCCAGGGAAGCCGGUCUGUCCCGGGUCCCCAGCGCCUCCUCCCGGCAGAGAGAGAAGAAAGGCUCCCAACCCUUAGUGCUUCCUUCCAAACAAUGGCUGAAUUCAUGGACUAUACUUCAAGUCAGUGUGGGAAAUACUACUCAUCUGUGCUGGAAGAAGGAGGGGCAACCCAUGUCUAUCGUUACCACAGAAGGAGGCUGCCCGAGCGGCAUGCAUCCUCCGACGCGGACUGGGGCCAGAAUCCAGGAGUCCCUGGUUACACUCUAGGAAGCCAAGUCUCAGAGAAGUCGUCUCUGUUAGGAAAAGACAGAGAAAAGGCGUCCCUUGGCCUAGGAAGCGUCUGUGAAACAUCAGAGUCUGCACAAGAGGCAUCCCAGCCCGCUGAGGACACUGCCAAGGACCUCUACAUAGAAGUCUAUCCAGGGACCUAUUCUGUCACUGUGGGCUCCAGUGCCUUAACCAAGAAGACUCACGUGGUUGCUGUUGACUCAGGACAAAGUGUGGACUUGGUCUUCCCCGUCUGAGCUGGGGAGGACCAGCCUUUUUGGGAACUGGAGUCUGUCCCUUUCAGAGCCCGUUUUCACCUGAGAACCUUGAAGGCCCGCACGCCUGCAAGCAAUGAUGAAUUGAUGCCAUGUACACAUUUUUACUGCUGCUUUCCACGUAAAGUCAAUUAUGGUAAUAAAGGGAAAGAUUUGAAACAGA